UGCAAGCCAGCAAGUGUUGAUUUUUUCAAAAAAAUUUAACUUCAGUUGGCCAACGACCGCAUUAGGAUACAAAUUCUUUUGGCUCCGUCUUGUCAAAAUCAGUUUUCGUAUUGUUAAGCAGAAUAGUAUAAUUGAAUUUCAAACGUUCAACCAACAACAUUCAGUCACAGACAUAAUUAUGAUGGAAGUUAUUCUGAGUAUGUCUGCCAUCCUCCUUGUUAUUCAAACCAAUGCGGUCUUGGGCGAGGUGUUUACGGCCUUGUCAGAUAUGGAGGGUCUCGUAACCACAGAGUUGGAACUAGUCAGGCACCUCGAUAAUUACAUCCAAGAAGAAGAGAUCAGACUGAAGCAAUUGAAAAGAUUUCUUGAAGAGUACGAAAGCAUGUAUCAAGAAGCCAGUGAAGAUGUUUCGCAAUACUUGUCUAACCCCGUCAACGCUUAUCUACUAGUCAAGCGCCUCACCUCUGAUUGGAAGCAGGUAGAAGAGAUCAUGACCCAGAACGUUGGCUCCAUUUUCGUCAAAAACAUUACUCGAUACCGUUCGGCGUUGCGGUUCCCAUCUGAUGAAGACUUGACUGGAGCAGCUGUUGCGCUUAUGAGGCUCCAAGACACUUACGAGCUGGAUACCCACGCUUUAGCCGAGGGGAAAUUGUUGGGGAAAAAGUAUUCCCGCCAGCUUACCGCUGGAGAUUGUUGGGAACUGGGACGUCAAUCGUACAACAACGGCGACCACUACCACACUGUUUUGUGGAUGGGAGAGGCUUUGAACAAGUUGGAAGAGGAAUCGAACAAAACUGCUACCCGCCAAGAAAUUCUGGAAUACUUGGCGUUUUCUACCUAUAAACAAGGUAAUGUAAAGGAAGCUCUGCAAUUGACUGACGAGCUGCUCAAGAUUGUUCCGUUUCACCAGCGAGGACUUAGUAACAUCCAGUACUAUCGAGAAAUUCUUCAUCAGCAAGGUGAAAUGCAAUUCCAGCAGCAGCAUGAAACAGUCGGCGCAAAUAGCACGAUCGAACCAUUUAAUACCAGUAAACUGAAAUUGACCAAGCCCUCGGGAACAGCUGGUAUACCCGCUGAGCAGUGGAAUAAAUACGAAAGGCUUUGCAGAGGUGAAAAGUUGAUGGAUCCCAAAAUUGAAGCCCGACUCCGGUGCCGCUACGUGACCAAUAACGUGCCCUACUUCUUCAUUCAGCCGAUCAAAAUGGAGUUGGCUUCUCUCAAACCGCGACUCGUCAUUUAUCACAAUGUUGUCACGGACGAAGAGAUUGAAACUGCCAAAAAACUGGCUCAAUCCAGGUUACGACGAAGCACUGUUCAGAAUAGCUUGACUGGUGCCAGUGAACCGACUAAAUAUCGCAUCGCCAAAGCGGCUUUCUUGCAAAACAGUGAACACGAUCAUAUUGUCAAGAUGACGCGUCGAAUUGGUGAUGUAACCGGACUUGAUAUGGCCACAGCCGAAGAGCUCCAAGUUUGCAAUUACGGCAUCGGCGGGCAUUAUGAACCCCAUUACGAUCACGCUCGGAAGGGCGAAGUCCAGAAAGAUUUUGGGUGGGGCAAUCGUAUUGCCACUUGGAUGUUUUACAUGAGUGACGUCGAGGCUGGAGGUGCGACAGUAUUCCCCCAAAUUAAUUUAGCCCUGUGGCCGCAGAAAGGAAGUGCGGCAUUUUGGUUCAAUUUGCACCCGAAUGGUGAGGGUGACGACCUGACCCAACACGCCGCCUGCCCAGUCCUUACUGGAUCCAAAUGGGUGUCCAACAAAUGGAUUCAUGAGCGAAAUCAAGAAUUCCGUCGCCCUUGUGGCUUGACAUUCGACGCCGAAAUGUAACGCGCUCACACCGUCAUUAUAAUUAUUCUAAUGCAUUCCGCAUCGGAGAUGAAGUGCACUCUUGUUGAUUAUACUCGUUUGCUCUAUAUCCUGUUAUUUAUUCGAUUCAAGUCAUCAUCGUCAGCAUCACUGUGAAAUCUAGUUUAGCUGCGUUUUGCCAACAAAAUCUUUAAUCACUCAUCCGCGUGACUCACGCGGGAAAAUUGAUCUGUAUCUUGUUAAAUUUAUCUAUUUGUUCUCGACCUUAUCAAUGAAAUACAAAUGAAUGCGUCUCUUUACCCCUAUAA